UUAUUACUUGUAGACUUUUGGAUCACAGCCAUUCUGACUGGCGUGAAAUGGUACCUCAUAGUGGUUUUGAUUUGUUCAUUAGUUUUAAUGUUGAAAACUGUAGUUUUCAACAGUUUGCUGUUGUUUUGGAAUAGAUUACUAAAAACAACUUAUAUAUAUUUAGAACUUAUCAAGCAUUGUUCAAGAGAGUACAAAGAAGGAAUACGACAUACUCUUCAAGGGGCUCACAGUUGAUAAUUUUCUUACUCGGGUGAGACGUUGGAGGUUCUGAUGGGAGAGUAUGUGAAAGAGCACGCUUCCAGGCAGGGGCUUCCAACCCAGGUGUCUGUGCAGGAAUGAAGUGGGUUUGUGGGGGAAGGCACCCAGGAGGGAUACCCACACUGAAACUUGAAAGGAGAAGAGGAAUUUGGGAGAAGCAGGGUCUCCUCAGCUUGGAAGAAUAACAAACAAAGUGGGGUGGGGGGAGUGUAAUGUGGUCGAAGGGAGGAAGGGGAGACCUUGAGGGUUUGACAUCCUUCAGGUGUAGCAUGUGGGACUAGGGCCUUAGUUACCAAACCUUGCUCCACAUUAAAAUCAACUGGGGGUCUUUAAGAACUCCUGCCGCCUAGCACCCACUCCUGGACAAUUGCAGCUUAAUUGGUCUGGGUCCCCACUUGGGCAUUAGCCCUUGAUGAGCGUGAAUGCUUGGCAAAGCCUUGCAGGUUAAGUUGAGGAGCUUGGCCUUUAUUCAUCUGUGAUUAGAUGCAAUUGAAAGAUGACUUUUGCUGGGUAAUGCACUUGCUUUAUAUUUAAUGAAGCGUUUAAAACAAUGAUGCUGUUUCUUUAAUGGGAGUUGCAGUGCCAUUUAACUUGCUUUCAUUUUUUUCUCUCAAAUCUUCAGUGCUGUUUAAAAAAAAAAAAACUUGGCAAAAUUCAGUAUCUUACAGUGACAGUUACUCUCAUGUCUUUUGCAUCAAAAUGCUUUAGUUAAUUUCCUCUUGAUUUAAAGUUAGGUACCCCGAUAGCCACUAUUUGGGGGAAACAAGUGCCAUAGCAUGAAUAAUUUUUCUCCCUCAGUGGUAAAACAAAUCUUUUAACUUCUCACUUGAAUCACAAAACAGAACCUCAGCCUUUAAUUUCAUUCUACUAAAUGGACUGUGCCUCUGACCUUUUCCUUUGGGUCAAUGCCAGUAGAACAUCUUCAUGUGAAUUUUUUGUUUAAAAGGUCACGGAUCGCCUACAGUGACGAAGUACGGAAUGAGCUCCUAGGGGAUGAUGGGAAUUCCUCAGAGAACCAGAGGGCACAUCUGCUCGAUAACACAGAGAGGCUGGAAAGGUCAUCUCGGAGACUAGAGGCUGGAUACCAAAUAGCAGUGGAAACCGAACAAAUUGGCCAGGAGAUGUUGGAAAACCUCAGUCAUGACAGAGAAAAGAUACAGAGAGCACGUGAAAGGCUUCGGGAAACAGAUGCUAACUUGGGGAAAAGCUCCAGGGUUCUGACAGGGAUGUUGCGAAGCACCCAGCAUUUCACCAUUGGCCAACAUCUGCUACACCAAAACAUGGACGUUCGAAUCUCGAAACAGAUGCGAGUCGCUCUCCCCCACUCCUCGAUCCAUCUGAACUGUAAACAUGGAUGCUGCAGCUUUUGUAGCCUGUACCAUAAUGUCAUUACUUCAACUAGUGUUUGGGGUAAAGUGCUUGUCUUUGGAAGAGAGAGAAAAGAAUUAAGAUUGUGGUCACUUUCUUUGUGGACUGAGGAGGGGUUUCAUGGGACGGUGGUCUGUGUUUUAGCAGAAAGAGUGCUGACAGGCCAGGGCUUGGACUACAGAGCGAACUUCUAGAAGGCAGGGAGUAACUUCUGUGACUCGAGCAUCUAGCCUUGCAGGCACACAGUAGGUACUCAAUAAUUAACUCCCUCCUGGUUAAUAAUCAUUCAGAGGGAAGACAGCAGUGUUGAGUAAUUGCUAAGGAAAGCCCCCACAAGGCGCACUUUUGCUUGUAAACUGGAGGUCAGAUACCUGAGCGAGCAGGUGGUCGUACAGAUAUGUCAGGCGGGCCUGGCUGAACAUCACACAGUGGGAAGUGAAGGCCUGGGGUGAACCAACGUGUGCACGGCUGAUCCUAAAGCAUUCAGGUUUUUUCAAACAUCAACUAAGCCAAACAAAACAGUCUAAUCUGCAUUUAUGCCUAGGCUUUGAGGAAAGCUAAUUCUAUUAAUAGCAUAGGGAUGUUUCCACUGAGAGAUAGCCAAGUCCCAAACAGGUUAAGAACAGUUUCCACCAAGUGCCAGGAUUAAGCAGGUAACUAUGCAAGGGUAUUGCUCUUUCCUCAGUAAUAACACUCUGUGUAAGAUCUGCUCUGUGCAGGGCCAGUUCUGAAACCACCAGGCUCCCUUUCUUGCUUUGGAAUUUGGUUGAAAUCCACUUGUAAUGUUCACCAAGGUCAACUUAGAAAAAGAGAAUACCCAGCAACAUAUCCUAUACUUUAAGAGGAAGGGUCCAUGGAAGGCAAGAGAAGCAGCCCGUGCAUGCAUGUCUGCUAGCACACAGGUGUGUGUUAGUCAUUCAGUUGUGUCCGACUCUCUGUGACCCCAUGGACCGUAGCUUGCCAGCCUCCUCUGUCCAUGGAAUUCUCCAGGCAAGAAUACUGGAGUGGAUCUUUAUUCCCUUCUCUAGGGGAUCGUCCCAACCCAGGGAUCAAACCCAGGUCUCCCUCUUUGCAGGCUGAUUCUUUACCAUCUGAGUGACCAGUGAAACUAGCACACUGGUGACCUUCAAAUCAUCAUUUUAAACACCAGCUGGUCAACAACUGCCUUCUGCCCAGCCUGCUGCCUCCCUGGGGUGAUCUCCUCGAGUCUGAUUAAUCGUACCUCCCAAUAAAGGCUGGUAGGUUGUACAUAAACAUUUCCAGUACAGAGCCUCUUGGCCACAAGGUUUUUCCUUUAGGAAAUACUAGCCCAAGUCCCUCGUGUUGGAACACAUGACUUUUAAUAUCUGUAGAUGUUCUGCCCAAGAUACACCUAGGCUAAAUUCAUUUCAUUCAGUUCAGUUCGGUUCUUUCGCUCAGUCGUGUCCGACUCUUGGCGACCCCAUGAAUCGCAGCACACCAGGCCUCCCUGUCCAUCACCAACUCCCGGAGUUCACUCAGACUCACGUCCAUCGAGUCAGUGAUGCCAUCCAGCCAUCUCAUCCUCUGUCGUCCCCUUCUCCUCCUGCCCCCAGUCCCUCCCAGCAUUAUUACGGUAAAGCUCCUUUCAAUUGUAAUGGCAUUAAGCAGUUUUAUACAUGGCCGUGUCGUGAGCACCUUGAGAGUAUACUGAGCACAUCUUAAGAGAGCUAUUGCUGUAUAGUGAGGGGGCAGAGAAACACAUGUUAAUUAUCCCUGUGAAUCUUAUAAGUGUUUUGGAAAAUCAGAAAUCAAACCAUUCUUUGGAUGUAGAGAGCAGUCUCUUCCCAAUGACUGAAGGGGCAGUUGGAGGUGUUUUCUUGUCUUCACAUGAUCCUGAGAGGUAGCUAGGAACAGAUGUACAACAAACGAUUCAGACCCAUUAGGCAUCAUGGUGUAGCAUUUGAAGCAUCAUUUCAAGUUGUUCAUUUCUUCUAAAAUGUAUGGGCUCAUUAAAGGCGGUUGUAGUCUCUUUUGUAAAUAGGAUCAGUGAAAGAACUAAAAUUGUCCAUCUGUCCAUUAAACAAAGAACUGGAAUCUGAGACCCACACCCCAAAGUGGCUUCCUAGAGACUAUGCAUUUCAUUUUAUUUUUAUUUAUUUAUUUGGCUGUGUUGGGUCUUUGUUGCGGCACGUGGAAUCUUCGCUUUUUUGCUGCAAUAUGCAAACUCUUGGUUGCAGCGUUUGGGAUCUAGUUCCCUGACCAGUGAUUGAAGCCUGGCCCCUGCUUUGGGAGUGCAGAGUCUUGGCCACUGAACCACCAGGGAAAUCCUGAGACUGUGUAUUUUAGAAUGGUGCAAAAAGCAAAGCCAUGGAAAAGACGAAUUUAAUACCAUGUACCUGCAAAGGUAGGGAGUUGAUCUCUACCCUCAUUGGUUAGAGAGUCACUUUGAGGUAUUUCAGUAUUUGCAGGUGGCAGCUCGUGCUUCCUUUGCUCACUGACUUUUCAUAACAGUAGAGUAGGCAGAGGUCAGACAGCACUCUUUAAUGGCUACAAUGUAGACCUGGUCUUAUCCAAUCAGGUGCCAGGUACUCUCCUUAACUACAACUAAAGAAUUCCUUUAACUCAGAAUUCAGAGCAAAAGCAAGUCUCUCUUCGGUAGCAAAGAACCAAAGUUAUAGUGUGGGCAUGACUAUGCAUAGGUCACAUGAAGAACUGGAAACAGGUAUAGAGAAACCAUAAUAUGCAGUGACGAGGCGCUUGCAGGUGUUAAUUACCCAUUCCUCCCCUCCCUGAACUGUGGUGAAACCCAUGGUCAGAAGCUCCCAGGGCUGAGCCCAUUCUGGCUCCAACCAGAGCCUCCUCUUUCAUUGUCACACUGAUUCCCUUUUGUCCUCUGAUUCCUGCAUCCCUUCCUGGUUUGUGCUCUUUGCAUUGCACUGUCAAUUACUCUAAGACAGAGUUAAUAUCCUAAUUACAAAGGAGUCUCCAUUUCACCAGCCUCAGUUCCCGAAAGAAUCACGCCCAGAUGUCACCCACUAUAUUUCUGUUGCUCCAGCACUUUCUGACCUUUGUGCUCAUUUGAGAAAUCUCUGAAAAUGCUGAAGGUAUCACUCUCCCUCAGUGGAAAUAUUCUUUGGGAAAAUUCCCAGUAACACUGUAUUUCCUUCCCUGCUAUGGCAACCAGGGUUUAUAAGGCCUGUUUGCUUUAGGUGAAGAACAGCUUUCAGACUAAAUGUCUCCUUCACAUAGUAAAUCAUGGAUGGUUUUCUGCAUCAAACUAUCCAACUCCAGUAUCAGUCUAUUGGAGAGAAAGAACUGUGGUGCCUGGUUGAUGUCUGCUAUUUACCUCCUUAAAUUUCAUGUCAUGGGGGUCUGGUGGUUUGGCAGUCUCUCCUUCAGGUCCAGGACAGUCUUAGAUUGUCCUUCAUGUCACUUAUGUGAACUCUCUCUCCCCCCAUCCCCACUGUUUUGUUUUGUUUUUUUAGUAUGAUACAGAUUUCUGGUUUGUGAACUCUGAAACCAUAUUUUACAAAUCAGUAAGACAUGUGAUGUGAAAAAAAGAUUUUUUUUUUCUGAUUUGUACAUGUACUUUACAGAAAGUUUCUUAAAAUGAAAUCAGAUUAGCUAUACAUUGGGGGAAAAUCACCUUUUAAAAAUAUAAGAUUAUAUAAUAUAGACACUGCCCUAAGAAGAUGCAGAUAUGAAGAGUCUCCCUCUCACAUACCCAGAGUGAAAUGUAUUUUCAGCUGUUAGACUUACAACUUAUUUUUGCAAAAAUAAUAAUAAUAAUUCCUUCCAUAAGCUUAUAUACAUGAGAAAAAUAACCAAGAAGCUUCACUUUUCAAAAUAUAUUGAUAGGGCUUCCCUGGUGGCCCAGUGGUUAAGAAUCUUCCUUCCAGUGCAGGGGACACAGGUUUGAUCCUUGGCGAAGGAUUUGAUUCUUAGCGAACUAAGACCUCACAUGCCAUGGGACAACUAAACCUAUGUACCACAAAUUAGAAAAGCCCACGCACUGCAGGGAAGACCCGGGCAGCAUUAUAUAUAAAAUAUACUGAUGGUACAACCCUCAGUCCUAUAACCAGAAAGAAUUAGCAUCUUCAAGCCACUUUUUUCCACUGUGGAAGGAGAAUGGGUUAGAUUUUUUUUUUUUUUCAGAGUUAACUAUUCCCAGAAUGGUAGACAGUGUGCAAAUCCUAGAAAGAGUUUAUUUUGCUUAAAAUGUGAGCAUUUUCCCUCCAGAUUAACUGUGCUGUUGAAGCCAAACCUGUAAUUACUGUUAUCUAAUAGUUUUAUAGCAUGCCAUGCACUAUUUACAAGGACUUUUUUUCACUGCUCAUUCAGAAAUACAAUUCAAUGUUGAAAAGGAGCUCUUUUCCCUUGAUAUGGGAAAAGAGGCUAUGCAAGGGCAAAAACAGUCUUUUUCCUCCAGAUUUGUGUUCUGUCUACCCAGAGUUGAAGUAUGUUCCUACCCAGGAACAGAGUAUGAUCGUUCUCUGUGAAUUUAUUACAUGAAAAGAAUAUGAUUUUUUUUUUUAAUGGGUGGGAACGCCUUAUUUUCAGCUUAUGUCCAUGACCUCAUGGGAAUUGUAAAAGUGGGAGAAAACCCUCCCAGGGAAAAGCCCUGUAGGUCAGAGUGAAUUAAAUCAUCAGAGAAUUUUCAUCCAUCCUUUCCAGGGUCAAGUCUAAAUCUGUAACAAGAAGUCUGCACACAGCAAGGUAGGAAUCUAGGAGCCAGGGAGAGGGGGGCAUAUCUUUCUGGGACUUGAUGGAGCCUCUGUUGUUACGGUAAAGAAUCCACCUGCCAA